CCUCAGGGCGUUCCCCCCUCCCCUCAGGGCUGUUCCACCUCCCCUCAGGGCUUGUUCCGAGGCCGCGAUGUUCCGAGGACGCCGCGCCUGGUUCUCGCAGAGCGUCAGCCCCGGCCCGCGGGGGCUCUGGGUGACCGGAGGAGGAGCACUGACCGACUGGCUGGAUGCCGAGUACCUCUUCAGCAGCGAUGCCACCCACCCCGACACCCGCAGCAUACACGAGAGCCUCAGAUACUUGGAGGGCAGAGCCACAGUCUUUCACUCCCGUUACCUCUCAGCAUGUGAGCGCGCUGGCACCACUGAGAAGCCUUCAGUGGUUCUGGGCCACUUCAUCCUGCCCCCUGCUUGCCUGCAAGAAGAAAUCAGAAGGAAAAUCGGCUGUUUUAUUUGGGAGCAGGUGGAUGUCCUUGAAGAAAAGCCCAAGGGAAAUCCAACAGAGGAAGCAGAGGCGGCAAGAAAUGGCUGCGAGGAAGAACCUGAGGGGGAAGCGCUAGACCUGGACAAGAGCAGCGAAGAAACAGGCUCUGAAGUACCUUCCCAGGGGGAAUUUCCAUACCGUGCCCUCCAGAAAUACCCAGUGAAUAACAUGGUGACAGGCUACACCUCCUCCCGGGACAUGAAGAAAUAUGAAGGGGAGCUCCACGACUUCAUCCCCGGCAUGUCAGGGUACACGGCCUACUGGGUUCAAACCAAAAUUAGCAUUUACUGUGAGAGGAAGACCAAAAUGAAGAGGAAAUUGUAAUGCAUAGGUGGCUGGAGCAGCAAAAACCUCCCAAUUUAAGAGCUGCCAGAGAGGAUUUAUAAAUUAUCCGACUGCAGCUCAACAUGUUCAAUGUGUAUUUAAACACUUGCUAAAUUUACUGCAAAUAUUUUAAGUAACUACCUAAAUUUCAUAACAAACACAAAUACAGACAUUUCUCUCCA